GGCCGCGUGCAGGAGAUGCGGCUUUUGUGCGCCCGGCCCCGCUGCCACCUCUGGAAAUGAACAUGAGUCUGCCAGGCCGCGUCUCCUGCUCCAUGCUCAACUGCUUUGGUGAAGAAGGCCCUCCUAGUUUGGAGUAUAUCCAGGCCAAGGACUUGUUCCCCCCAAAGGAGCUCGUAAAGGAGGAAGAGUCACUGCAGGUCCCUUUCACUGUGUUGCAGGGUGAGGGAGUGGAGUAUCUUGGCCAUGCAAACGAUGCUGUGAUCGCCAUCUCCAACUACAGGCUUCACAUCAAAUUUAAGGAUUCUGUGAUCAAUGUGCCUUUGAGGAUGAUGGAAAGUGUGGAGUGCCGGGAUAUGUUCCAGCUUCACAUUGUCUGCAAGGACUCCAAAGUAAUCAGGUGCCAUUUCUCCACCUUUAAGCAGUGCCAGGAGUGGCUGAAGAGGCUGACUCGAGCCAUUGCUCGCCCUGCAAAGCCUGAGGACCUCUUUGCGUUUGCCUACCACGCAUGGUGCCUGGGAGUCUGCGUUGAUGAGGAGGAUCAACACGCACAUCUCUGCCGUCCAGGUGACCACGUGAAGUACCGGUUUGAGAUGGAGCUGGUGAGGAUGGGCUUCGACCUGCAGAACGUCUGGCGAGUCUCCGACAUCAACAACAAUUACAAGCUUUGUUCCAGUUAUCCCCAGAAGCUGCUGGUUCCUGUCUGGAUUACUGACAAGGAGCUGGAGAACGUGGCGUCGUUCAGAUCUUGGAAGAGGAUCCCUGUUGUGGUGUACAGACACAUGCGCAACGGGGCGGUCAUUGCUCGCUGCAGCCAGCCCGAGAUCAGCUGGUGGGGCUGGCGCAACGCUGACGACGAGUACCUGGUGACAUCCAUUGCCAAAGCGUGUGCCUUGAACCCCGGAGCCAAGGCGGGCGGCGCGGCGCAGCCCGGCGGGGGCAGCGACGGCAGCGAGCCCUGCGACGCCGACUUCGACUCGUCGCUGACGGCGUGCUCGGGGGUGGAGAAUGCUGGCACUCCUCAGAAGCUGCUCAUCCUCGACGCAAGGUCCUACACGGCGGCCGUCGCCAACAGAGCAAAGGGAGGAGGCUGCGAGUGUGAAGAGUAUUACCCAAACUGUGAAGUUGUGUUCAUGGGCAUGGCCAACAUCCAUUCCAUCCGGAACAGCUUUCAGUAUCUGCGUGCUGUCUGCAGCCAGGUGCCAGAUCCUAGCAACUGGCUUUCAGCUCUGGAGAGCACCAAGUGGCUGCAGCACCUUUCUGUCAUGCUAAAGGCAGCAGUCCUGGUCGCCAACGCGGUCGACAGAGAAGGGCGUCCAGUGCUGGUCCAUUGCUCGGAUGGCUGGGACAGGACUCCGCAGAUCGUGGCCCUGGCAAAGAUCCUGCUGGACCCUUACUACAGGACCAUGGAGGGCUUCCAAGUGCUUGUUGAAUCAGACUGGCUGGAUUUUGGUCACAAAUUUGGUGAUCGCUGUGGUCACCAAGAGAAGGUGGAAGAUCAGAAUGAGCAGUGCCCGGUGUUUCUGCAGUGGCUGGAUGCUGUUCAUCAACUUCUGAAGCAAUUCCCUUGCCUCUUUGAAUUCAAUGAAGCUUUCCUGGUGAAGCUGGUGCAGCACACGUACUCCUGCCUCUACGGCACCUUCCUGGGGAACAGCCCGUGCGAGCGCGAGAUGCACAACAUCUACAAGAGAACCUGCUCCGUGUGGUCCCUCCUGCGCGCUGGCAAUAAGAACUUCCACAAUCUUCUCUACAUGCCGGGCUCCGAGCAGGUGCUGCAUCCUGUGUGCCAUGUACGAGCGCUGCAUGUCUGGACAGCAGUGUAUCUGCCAGCUUCCUCCCCUCAUCCUCUAGGACAGGAGGAGAUGGACAUUUACCUGCCCCCUGGAUCUCAAAGCCAGGAGUUCAGCGGCAGAUGUUUGGACAGAUUACCAAAGACGAGAUCCAUGGAUGACCUGCUUUCAGCCUGCGACUCCAGCAGCCCGCUGACCCGCACGUCCAGCGAUCCCAACCUGAACAACCACUGCCAGGAUGUCAGGAUGGGCCUGGAGCCCAGGCCUGCUAACGCCGAGAGCGCUGAGCAGCACGGGGCAGAGGGCAGCACGGGGGCCGCAGGAGAGGGGCAGCAGGAGGCAGAGGAGCAAGGGGAAGAGGCCCCUCCGCAGCCCCACAGUGGGGCCAGGAGCCCUGUGGAGCCCCAGGGCCCCAGGGAGCAGCCGGGCAGCUGGGCUCCUGUGCCAGCCAGCACAACGGGCAGCAGAGCACGUGCAGCGGAGCUGGAUGGUGCAAACCCAGCUCCAAACCUCCCUGCACAGGAAAAUCUUGACAGAAUUUGCACCAGUUCUGGGAAGCAGUUGGAAACCUGCCCCCAGGAACCUCUGAAGGCUCCUGGCUUGGUAUCCAAUGGAGGAGCCUGUCCCAAGAAAAGCAGCACAGGUGAAGAUGUUCCCAGCCAGGAGUUGCUUGCUCCAAGCAGCGCUUUACAGGAUACCCCAGGCCCUGCCCUGGGUAUCCCCUGCCUGGAUGGAGACCGUUGCAGAGGUGAUACCAGAAGGAAAGGGCCUUGCGAGGAGCCUGCCCGCCUGGGGAAAGUUCCACUCGAGCAAUGGCGGAAGACCAUUUCCCAGAGCCAAAGCAGCGAAUUCUCCUUCCUGGGAUCCAACUGGGACAGUUUCCAAGGAAUGGUGACAUCUGUCCCCAAUGGGGAGCCUGCCCCCAGGCAUCUGCUGUAUGGCUGCUGCAGCAAGAGGCUGAGGAGGCCCGGCCGUCUGUGGCUCCCCUGCCACCUGAAACAAGCACCUGGUCCCAAACACGUGCCACCAAAAUGUCCUUCUCCGGUGCCUCCUCUCUACCUGGACGAUGACGGGCUGCCCUUCCCCACGGACGUGAUUCAGCACAGAUUGCGGCAGAUCGAGGCCAGCUACAAGCAGGAGGUUGAGCAGCUGCGCAGGCAGGUGCGGGAGCUGCAGCUGCGGCUGGACAUCCGUCACUGCUGCGCCCCUCCGGCCGAGCCACCCAUGGACUAUGAGGAUGACUUUACCUGCUUGAAGGAAUCGGAUGGCAGCGACACAGAGGAUUUCUGCUCCGAUCACAGUGAAGACUGCUUGUCGGAAGCAAGCUGGGAGCCUGUUGAUAAAAAGGAGACUGAGGUCACGCGGUGGGUCCCGGACCACAUGGCUUCCCACUGCUUUAACUGCGACUGUGAAUUCUGGCUGGCCAAACGGAGGCAUCACUGCAGGUGA